CACAUCCAUCCCCAACACUGAGCUGUUUGUGGAGUCCUGCAGGGCGACUCCCUAUGACAACCCCAACUCCCGCAUCAGCUACACCAUCAUUGAAAACGGAUGUGUGAAGGAUAAAACUGUGGAAAUUUAUUCUGCGUCAAAGUCUCAGUUCAGAUUUGGAAUGGAAGCUUUUGAGUUCAUCGGAGCUCAUGAGGAGGUAUACAUCACUUGUUCAGUUCUCCUGUGUGAAAGUGACAAUCCCGAGGCCAGGUGCUCUCAGGGAUGCAUCACAUCCGACUCAUGGGACAAACGUAGGAAGAGGGAUGCUGCAGCGCAGACGAGCAGCCACUUCAUUUCCCAGGGUCCUUUGCACCUCGUGAAGACCUCUAACAUCAAAGAACCUGGCCAGAGCAUGUAUCUUGCCCUGAAUCUGGUCUUCAUUGUUUGCUGCCUUUUGGCUUGCGGUGUCAUCAUCUACCGAUUCAGAAGGCCCAGAGCUAAAUACCAACGUCUGCCAUCAGCUGAUUCUCCAGUCGACCCUGACCAACCAAUGGAUUAGGAAUCUGGAUUUUGAUUUUAUUCUUUUUAUUAUGAUAUUGGGUUUUCAGAGCUUUUACAUUUUCCUUCAUAUGUAAAUGUACACUUUUCUAGCUCUUAGCUUGAGAUAUUUCUGUCAGUUCUGGUCAUAUUUUCUUUUUUGCCUUAUAGGUUAUGCCAUAUUAGAUAAUUUUUCCAUGCCUAUAUUAGAUGUUUUUGUGUAAAUGAUUUUCUUUAAUUUUAGCUUCCUAGUGUAUUUUAUUCUUCUUCAUUUUACUUGGAUUUAUUUGUGUUAGUAUCCUUUACUUCAGGGCAGAGCUAAAAGUGGGGGUAGAGGUGUCCAUAAUUUAACUCCAGUACAAUCUAUAACAGAGGGUGGCAGCAGUGAUACUCUCGGUUGGCAUGUCCUAUCUUACUUUAUUUUUUAGUCAUUCGUAUACUAAAUUUAAGCGAACAAAAAACUAGUACACUAUUAGUUUGGACUGAUCCUAAACUGGUUUUGGUGCCCUUUUGUUUUCUGCCACCCCGCAGUGCACAUUGGUCCUUGCCUAGCCUACCAUAUAAAAAUUUUUUUUUGGCCCUGCCACUGCCUUACCUAGAUGGUAUUAUUCUAUAGUUCUCUCAUCUCUCCCCCCUUGAUCCAAAUGUUGUAUUUUACAACAUAUUUAGGCAAGCCCCCAGUUUGUUAUGCUUUAUAUACUGGUCAAUUUCAACUACUUCUUAUGGGUUUAUUCUGCAAUGCCAUGUUUCUACUGCCCAUGUAUGUGAGCUUCGUAUUUCAGUCAUUAAAAACU